CCAUCAUCUCUUCAAAAGAAAAGCAUUUGCGGAUUUAUGAAUAUUCUCACUGUAGAGUAUAUGUAAAGAUAUAUAUAUAAGGAACCUUACCAACCCUUCCUAACCAUAUACUGAACACCCUCUUUAGAUCUCGCUCUCAGAAGUUGAUCAUCAUUUCCUGGGAUUCUUCGGUUUAUCAUGGCGACUGAGAACCCUUUCAAGAGCAUAUUGAAGACACUUGAGAAACCUGAAGGGGGCGAAUUUGGCAAGUACUAUAGCUUGCCUGCUCUCAAUGAUCCCAGGAUUGAGAAACUGCCGUACUCCAUUAGAAUUCUAUUGGAAUCAGCUAUCCGGAAUUGUGAUGAGUUCCAAGUUAAGAGUAAGGAUGUUGAAAAGAUCAUUGACUGGGAGAACAGUUCUCCUAAGCUGGUUGAGAUCCCCUUCAAGCCAGCUAGAGUGCUUUUGCAGGAUUUCACUGGUGUUCCUGCUGUUGUGGACCUUGCUUGCAUGCGAGAUGCAAUGAACAGCCUUGCGGGUGAUUCUGACAAAAUUAACCCUUUGGUUCCAGUAGAUCUUGUCAUUGAUCAUUCAGUACAGGUUGAUGUGGCAAGAUCAGAAAAUGCUGUAAAUGCAAAUAUGGAACUCGAGUUCCAAAGAAACAAAGAAAGAUUUGCUUUUCUUAAAUGGGGUUCAAAUGCUUUCCAUAACAUGCUUGUCGUUCCCCCAGGAUCAGGGAUUGUUCACCAGGUCAAUUUAGAAUACCUUGGGAGAGUUGUUUUCAACACAAAAGGUUUGCUUUACCCUGAUAGUGUUGUUGGAACAGAUUCACACACAACCAUGAUAGAUGGUUUAGGUGUUGCUGGCUGGGGAGUUGGUGGCAUAGAAGCAGAGGCUGCAAUGCUUGGCCAGCCAAUGAGCAUGGUCCUGCCUGGUGUGGUUGGGUUUAAAUUACUGGGAAAACUGAGAGAUGGCGUGACAGCUACUGAUUUGGUUUUGACUGUAACUCAAAUGCUGAGGAAGCAUGGCGUUGUUGGCAAGUUUGUGGAGUUCUAUGGUGAAGGCAUGAGCGAACUCUCAUUAGCAGACCGUGCCACCAUUGCAAACAUGUCUCCUGAAUAUGGUGCAACCAUGGGCUUCUUUCCCGUGGAUCAUGUCACACUUCAGUAUCUGAAACUGACUGGCAGAAGUGAUGAAACUGUUUCUAUGAUAGAGUCGUAUUUGAGGGCAAACAAAAUGUUUGUGGAUUACAGUGAGCCUCAGGGUGAAAGAGUGUACUCUUCAUAUCUUGAAUUAAAUCUCGAGGAUGUGGAACCCUGUGUAUCUGGACCAAAGAGGCCACAUGAUCGAGUUUCCCUCAAAGAAAUGAAAUCAGAUUGGCGUUCGUGCUUAGACAAUAAAAUUGGAUUUAAGGGAUUUGCAAUUCCUAAGGAAUCUCAAAGCAAGGUGGUAGAGUUUGAAUUCCAUGGUACUCGGGCACAACUUAGGCAUGGUGAUGUUGUUAUAGCAGCUAUCACCAGUUGCACGAAUACCUCAAACCCAAGUGUGAUGCUUGGAGCUGCUUUGGUUGCCAAGAAAGCGUGUGAAUUAGGUUUGGAGGUGAAGCCCUGGAUUAAGACAAGUCUUGCUCCUGGUUCUGGGGUUGUUACUAAGUACCUGCAGAAGAGUGGAUUGCAGAGCUAUUUGAAUCAGCUAGGGUUUAAUAUCGUUGGUUAUGGAUGCACCACAUGCAUUGGGAAUUCAGGAGACCUUGAUGAGUCAGUGGCAUCAGCUAUUGCAGAAAAUGAUAUUGUCGCUGCAGCCGUGUUGUCUGGGAAUAGGAACUUUGAGGGUCGUGUGCAUCCUUUAACUAGGGCCAAUUACCUUGCGUCACCUCCGCUUGUGGUUGCUUAUGCUCUUGCUGGCACGGUUGAUAUUGAUUUUGAAACAGAACCAAUUGGUGUAGGAAAAGAUGGAAAGAACAUAUUUUUCAGGGACAUAUGGCCAUCCAACGAAGAAGUAGCAGAAGUUGUACAAUCGAGCGUGCUGCCUGAUAUGUUUAAGGCUACAUAUGAAGCAAUCACCAAAGGAAAUUCCAUGUGGAAUCAGUUAAAUGUGCCCUCUGGCAAACUUUACUCAUGGGACCCAAAAUCUACUUAUAUUCAUCAGCCACCAUAUUUUAAAGACAUGAGCAUGUCUCCUCCAGGCCCAUAUGGAGUGAAGGAUGCUUACUGCUUACUCAAUUUUGGGGAUAGUAUAACAACGGAUCAUAUAUCACCAGCUGGUAGCAUCCAUAAAGACAGUCCUGCUGCCAGAUACCUAAUGGAACGUGGGGUUGAUAGAAGAGACUUCAACUCUUACGGAAGUCGUCGUGGCAAUGAUGAAGUGAUGGCAAGAGGCACUUUUGCCAAUAUUCGAAUUGUCAACAUGCUGUUGAAUGGAGAAGUUGGGCCUAAAACAGUUCACAUCCCAACAGGAGAAAAGCUAUCCGUGUUUGAUGCAGCCAUGAGGUACAAGAGCGAGGGCCAAGGUACAAUUAUUUUGGCUGGUGCUGAGUAUGGAAGUGGAAGUUCUCGUGAUUGGGCUGCCAAGGGUCCAAAGCUACUGGGUGUGAAAGCAGUGAUAGCAAAAAGCUUUGAGCGAAUUCAUCGCAGUAAUUUGGUGGGAAUGGGCAUCAUUCCGCUAUGCUUUAAAUGUGGAGAGGAUGCUGAGACCCUAGGCUUGACCGGCCAUGAACGUUACAGCAUUGGUCUUCCAAGCAGUAUUAGUGACCUUAGACCAGGCCAGGAUGUCAAGGUGGAGACGGACAGUGGCAAAUCGUUCGCGUGUACUCUACGUUUUGAUACAGAGGUGGAAUUGGUUUAUUUUGACCAUGGGGGCAUCUUGCAAUAUGUCAUCAGGAACUUGGUCGAUGCUAAACAUUGAAUCAGCAAGAACAAAUUUAUCUCUUGGUGCCAGAUUGAGAAUUGGAGAAAGCACCAGCACUAGAAAUUGUCAAUUUUGAAGUUUUUUUCUCUCUCGAAUAAAUAAGAGGAACUAAAUUUGCGAAUAUCUGAAUGCUUUUGACUAAGUCCUUUUGAGAUUUAAUGAAGGAACAUAACAUGUAUUCAUUAUAUUAAUAGUUCUUGCUUUCCCAUUUGCCAAA